UGCUCAAAGUGGUGCUCAUCUCCUCAACAGCUACAAAUAAGGGCUCAACAAAGCACAAGCUCCAAUCUGCAACCUUUCCAGCUCUACCCCAUCCACAUUGUCUAUAGGUUUGAAGAUGAUGAGGAAAAAUGGUGGGCCUGGCAAUAUGCAUUUUUUCAAGCCUAUGUUGCCUGGUUUCUCCAAAAAACUGGCUAUUCCUACUGCUUUUGUCAGGGAAAUUGUAAAAGAGAGAUGCAACGUGAGAACAUCUACCCUAGUCAAUCCUAAUGGCAAGUCAUGGCGCGUUGAUGUGUACGAGGAUCACAAGAAAGAUUACAUGUAUUUCAGUGGAAAUGGCUGGCUAAGAUUCGUGCGUGCACAUAAGCUAGGGGUAGGAUACUUCGUAGUGUUCUGUUACAAAGGAAACAUGGUGUUUAAGUUCAGAGUAUAUGAUUUAAGUGCAUGUGAAAUAACCUCCUAUGCUUCUAGUGAUGCCCCUAGAGAGAACUUUUACAAUAAUAAGAAGAAAACAAAUAAUGAGAAUGAGAAGAAGAAGAUGAAGGAGAAGAUAACAGUGAUCAAUGUUGAAGAAGAUGAGGAAAACUUUGAGGAUGAUGAUGGGGACGAAGUGACAGAAAGUAUUGAGAAGAGGAAGAAGCAGCAGCUGAAGAAAAUAUCAGAAGUCAAAUUCGAGAAAGAAAAUGAGGAUUAUGAGAUUGAGAAGGACCUGAAAGGAACCAUCGAUGAGAAGAAGAUGACGAAGAAAAAGAAGAAAAUAUCAGAAGUCAAAAUUGAGGGAGAGCAUGAUGAACUCCGACUUAAAAGGAGGAGAAAGUCAUCAAGAGACAAAAUAGAAGAAUCUGAUAACAAAUCUACUUAUAAGGUACGUAUGAACCCAAGGUAUCAUGAGAGGAUACAGAGAAACAAUGGGAGUACUACAGGAACAAAACCGAAGUUUGAGGCUACCGUAUGGCCUUGCAAUUUAUCUUCACCUUACAUGAAUAUUCCAGUGGAAUUUAGCGAUACCAAUGGCCUGACAGAGCACAAUGAGCUAACUCUGAUGGACCCAAAGGGACGACUCUGGCAGGUUCGAGUUAUGCACAGGAGAACUCGAUUUGGAGGCAGUAGAAACACUAGUAGUAUGCAUACUGGUUGGGUUAAAUUUGCUGCUGCUAACAAGUUGGAAGUAGGAGACAAAUGCAUCUUCAAGCUUGGAUCGGAAAAUAAAAAUGGAAGAUUGUUGAUGAAAGUUUCAAUAAGGAAGAAAGCAGUUUGCUGACUUAGUGGGACUUUCUUUUUUUUCAUUUUUUUUCUUUUAUGUUCUGAUGUUGGUUAGUUCUUGCCCGUACUUGUAGUGCUCCUUGGCCACUGCUCUUCUGUUGUUCAUAUUUUAAA